UAAAACAGCAUGAACGCCUCCAUUUCCCCUGUUUUUUCGCUCAAACUAUGACCGCAUGAGAUGGGCGACAGUAAUAGCCUACCUGCUUCCCGGCGCCGGCGGCGGCCGGCAUCAAUGCCUACGUCUCUCGUCCGCCGCCUCUCUCCCUCAAGACCUUUCUCUCUCGGAGGACAUCCUCUACAUCCUCGAAACCCUUCCCUCUGCUGCCGCCAUCGAGUCCUCUCUCAACUCUCUCGCUCCUCUCCUUUCCCCUUCCUCUAUCUCCCUCGCUCUCUCCUCCGCUCCAUCUCUACCCUCCGCCUUCCUCCUCUUCGCCUGGUCUUCCCGCCACCGCGCCCUCCGCUCCUUUCGCGCUCACAACCUCGUGAUCUCCUUCCUCCUUCGUGAUGCGCCUUCCUCAUUCUCUUCUUUCUGGUCCUCCCUCUCCGAACUCCGUUCUUCCUCCAUUCUUGUCCACCCUUACGCCUUUGCUGCCCUCAUCUCCGCCUACAGUACCGCAGGCUUUACCGAAAAGGCUGUUGAGGCUUUCAACCGCAUGCCGGAGUUUGCCUCCCGCCCCAACACCUUCACCUACAACACGCUUCUGAACAUCCUCGCUGGGAAAGGCAUGAUCUUGCUUGCUAUGUCGGUUUAUAAUCAAAUGAUCAAGUCUGAUUGCCUCCCUAAUUCAUCCACAUACACAAUUCUCAUCCAUGGUUUGUGCAAGGCUGGGAAGAUCGAUGAGGCACUAAGGCUGUUUGAUGAAAUGCUGCAGAGAGGUAUUGCUCCAAAAACCACUGUUUAUACAGUUAUACUCUCGCUGCUUUGUUGUGCGGAUAGGGCAGAUGAUGCUAUCAAGCAAUUGCAGUCGAUGAAAGAGAAUAAAUGCCAUUUGGAUGAGAUUGCCUGCAAUGCCUUGCUUAGUGGGUUAUGUCAGAUCGGCAGAAUUGAUCAGGCUUUUAAUCAGUUAAAAUUGUUCCAGGUGGAUGGAUUUGUUCUUGGAUUGAAUGGAUAUAGCUGCUUAAUUGAUGGCUUGUUCAGGGCAAGGAGGUUUGAGGAGGCCUGUGGAUUUUAUCAUGAAAUGUUGAAAAAUAGUAUUAGGCCCGAUUGUAUCUUGUACACUAUAAUGAUCAGAGGGCAUGCUGAAGCUGGCAGGAUCGAGGAAGCUUUUGAAUUUUUCAAUGAGAUGACCAUUGGAGGAUUGGUUCCAGACACAUAUUGCUACAAUACCUUGAUCAAAGGAUUAUGUGAUGCUGGCCUUUUGGAUAGAGCCAGGUCAUUAAAACUCGAGAUUUCCCAAAAUGGUUGCUUUCCUGAUUCCGCUACAUUUUCUAUUUUAAUUUGUGGGUUGUGCAAGGAAGGCCUCAUUCAUGAGGCACAAAAAAUAUUUGAUGACAUGGGAAAAGCUGGCUGCUUUCCCACCGUCAUGACCUUCAAUUCUCUCAUAAGUGGGCUCUGCAAAGCGGGAAAGAUGGAAGAAGCUCAGCUUCUUUUCUAUAAGAUGGAAAUGGGAACAAACCCUUAUUUAUUCUUUCGGCUCUCUCAGGGUCCCGAGCAAGUCCAUAAUAUCACUACUCUUCAGGGAAGGAUUAGAGAAUUAUGCAUGUCAGGUGAUAUACUCAAAGCUUAUAAGCUUCUCUGUGCCAUCAUAAAUAGUGGAGUUGCACCUGAUGUUGUUACUUAUAACAUUCUGAUUAAUGGAAUGUGUAAGGCCGGAAAGAUUAAACAAGCACUGAAGCUCUUAGAGGAGCUUCAGACAAAAGGUCAUUUCCCUGAUGCUAUUACUUAUGGAACCCUUAUUGAUGGGUUAUCGAGGCUCCACAGGGACAAUGAUGUGUCUGAGUUACUGGAGCACAUGCUGAAGAAUGGAUGCAAACCUAGUGUGUCAAUCUACAACACCCAAAUGAGAACACUCACCAGGAGGAGGCAAACUUCAAAAGCAGUGUUAUUGUGGUUGGAUUACAUCUCCCAUGAGAAAACUAAUUCAGAAGAAGCUGAAACUAUUUGUAUAGCUCGGAAGCAUUUUGAAGAAGGAUGCUUCGUGGAAGCUGUCAGAACCUUGUUUGUGUUAGAAAGAAAUCAGGGUUCGGCAAACUCUUUUCCAUAUACUAUUUGGCUCAUAGGGCUAUGUCAGGAAUGGAAGAUUGAUGAGGCUUUGGGGAUUUUUACCCUCCUCAGGGAGUUUGACAUAGAGGCAACUCCUCCCAGUUGUGCAUUGCUUAUCAAUUACCUAUGCAGGACUGGAAAGCUAGGUUCAGCAUUAGAUGUCAUGCUUUAUUCUUUGAGGAAAGGCUUCUUAUUUAUGAAACCUGUGGGUAACCGUUUACUAAGAAGGCUAUGUCUUCGUAAUAAGAUGAAGGAUGCACAUGAGCUCGUGCACCGAAUGAAUCUUGCUGGGUACAAUAUGGAUUUAUAUCUUAGGAAAUCUACAAAGGCCCUGCUGCAUCCAUACUAGAUUAGCGAAUUAUGAUUUUUUUGGCAUGGCAACCUUAUUGUUAUUUGUGAGAUAUAUUUUAAGGAUUUUGUAAUUUUUUUUGCAGUUAUCUUAAGUUUUGUCAACGAUUUUGUUGAUUCAUUUAUUCUGCUUGAGGGAUGAUAUACAACUAUAUU